GGAAAACACAUCAUAAACCAAAGCUAUGGAAGCUCAACCAUCAGAACAACCUACUCCUUCAAGUUCAACUUCAAAUACUAACACCACCAAUGAUCAAACCCAGCCACCACCAUCACCCUCAUCACUAGAUCCAAGGAUCCAUUUUGAUCAGACUAACAAUCGAUGGGAAUUCGAAGCAGAUGACGGAAAAGAAUACGAAUGGAUCGAAGCCGCUCAAUCAUGGGUACCCAUCAUAGAUCAAUCCUUAUGGACAGCUCAACAAGCUGCUUAUAACCUACAUGGUCAUCCGGAUGAUCAGAUACGACAACAAGCCAAUGCAGAAAGAAAAGAAAAACAAAAACGAAUGUUAGGAACAGAAGAUGGUACAGGAAAGAAAAACGAAGCGGUUAGGAAUACGGCGGUGUAUGUUAGUCGAUUACCUUUAGAUGUAAAGAUUGAUGAGAUCCAUGAAACGUUUUCGAAAGCCGGAUUGGUUUUGGUAGAUGAAGAGAAUCGACCAAAGAUCAAAUUGUAUGAAGAUGAACAGACUGGAAGGUUUAAUGGAACAGCUUUAAUUGUUUAUUUGAAAGUCGAAAGUGUUGAAUUAGCUAUUAAAUUGUUUGAUGAAUCGUCACUUAGGAUAGGUAAGAGUGAAUUGAUGAAAGUUUCAAGAGCUCAGUUUAGUGAAAAGAAAUCGAAUUUGAAUUCGACGAUCAUGAUGAAUGAUUCAAAGAAGAAAAAACAAAAGUUGGCAAAAAAAGUAGAUCAAUUGAAAUCUAAACUUGAAGAAUGGGAUUCAGAAGAUGAAGAAAGUUUGAAGAAAGAUUCUAGGAUGGUCGUUUUGAAAUAUAUGUUUACGGUUGAGGAGUUGGCUCAAGAUCCAAGUUUGUUGAUUGAUUUAAAGGAAGAUGUAAGGGAAGAAUGUGAAUUGUUAGGGAACGUGACCAAUGUGACUUUAUAUGAUCUUGAAGAAGAGGGAAUCAUGACUGUUAAAUUCAAAGAACCCAUCGCAGCACAAGCUUGUAUACUUAAAAUGAACAAUCGAUUCUUUGCUGGUCGACAAGUUCAAGCUAUGAUAGAUGAUCGAUCAAGAAGAUUUAAAAAAUCAAAUCAUCAUCAAUCAAAUGAAAAAGAUGGAGAAGAAGAUGAGAAGAAACGAUUAGAUGGGUUUGCCAAGUAUCUUGAAUCGGCUGAAUGA